UUUAAUCUCCUUUAAGGCUUUAACACUGUAAAACUUUAGUAAUUCUAUUAUUCUUAUCAUUUGCCUGUGCAACUCACCAAGUCUUUGUUUUCAAAAUAUAAGGCAACAAACGCAAUUCAAGCCAUAGUCGUCAACUGCAAAGAAGAGGAUUGCAGUUAUGGAGAAUUUUCUGAAGUUUUUUCAAAGAUGUCUAAUCUUAGAUUGUUAAGUAUUUGUCACUUGCACUCCAAGAAUACUCUCAAUCGUGAUCCCAAUGAGCUAAGAUAUCUUGAACGGGAGUGUUAUUCUUUAAAAUGUUUGCCAUCCGGUUUGCCACCAAAGGAGCUUGUUCAACUUGACUUGAAGUAUAGCAGAAUCAAAUAUCUUUGGGAAGGAGUAAAGAUUUUAGGCAAGUUAAAGUACAUCAAUAUUUCCUCUUCCAACCUUAUUAGGACACCUGACCUUUCAGGGAUUCCGAGUCUUGAGAAAGUUUGGUUGAGACCCACUCAGCAGGCUUAGCCAUUUAGAACUGUCGUUCUGCAGAUCUCUUGCCAAUCUUCCCAGCAUAUCUGCUAAAAUAGAGUCCCUUACGGUUCUUAAUCUUAAUGGUUGCUCGAAUUUGAGGAUGAUUCCCGAAUUUAAGGGAAUUAUGAAAAGCCUAUCAGAACUUCGUAUAAGUUGUACUGCUAUUGAGGAACUACCACCCACAUCAAUGAAGUGUUUGUCCUCCUUAAAAUAUUUAACACUAAGUGGAAUCAAUUUUGUCACCCUGCCUGUAAGCAUCAGUCAACUUUCCAACCUUGAAGCUCUUGAUUUUUCACACUGUUUGAAGCUUCGAUCAGUGCCAGAGCUUGCAGCAAGUGUGAGAUAUAUAAAAGCUGAAGGAUGUACUUCCCUAGAACCAUCACCAGCACUGCUUUGACAGAGCAGUUUGUCACGACCUCCUUCCCAGUCUUAUGAUGAGAGCAGCGGCGGAGUGGCAUUUACAAUACAGAACCGUUACCUACAGACUCCUUUGUCGUAAAACUGGAUAUGAAACUUCCCCCAAAAGGAAAGAGGAUGGAUCUAAAACUGAAUUUCAGAUAAGUAUUCCUGGAUUUCGAAUUCUGGGGUGGUUAAGUCAUCAAAGGUUGGGGAACUCCAUGAGCAUAAAGCUGUCUCCAAAUUGGUGUAAUAGUAGGUGGAUGGGAUUCGCACUCUGUGCUCUUAUCGAAGCACGUAAGGAUUGUUGUUUUGGUGAGCUUGAUAUUAAAGUUCGUGACAGAGCUCUUGGUGAUAUGCAUCACAGUCAAUAUGCCUCUAAAACUUUCUUUGCAAAAUUACAUCUUACGGACCACAUUUGGAUAUUGUAUUUGUCUCGUGAUGAUUGGUUUGCCAUUGUUGGGAAUGAUGAAUGCAGUCAGAUUGAGGUUGUAUUUUUUGAGUACCAUAGCUCAUUUGAGAAAGUGCAGAAAUGUGGGUUCAGUUUGGUAUAUGAGCAGGACAAGGAAGAGUCAAACCAAGCAAUUGCACAAUGCAGCUGUAGCCGUGUCAUUACUUAUGAAGGUUGGGAUGGUGUCCAUCAUGGAUUUGACAAUUCAACAAGUAGCUGCGAUGACUAUAGCGAUAUUGAACCUAAGGAAAGUGAUCUCUUUUCAUACAAUGGUAAUGACCCGCUCCAAUAUCUUUCCUAUUAUAAGUGUAAUCCUAUUUGAUUUUA